GUUCGAGGUUCAAGCAUUUGCUUCUUUACCCCCAGAAGACAAGGAAAGUACCAUUUAAGAAUCGGAAGAUUGGCUUCUGUCCAGCUCGGCAUUCUCUACUAUCUUCUUCCAGUCUAUUGAGGUUGUUAGGUCAUUGUGCUCUUCCGUGCUCCACAAAAUUACAUACUACGCUUCCGACGGGAUUUACCGAGGCUGCAUUUGGAGAGCCGUCUCCCCGCAACGCUUCUUCCGGCCCAACCGCUCUCCCAAGUUUCACACUUUUCUUCCCAUCAGAUUUCUUCUCGAAGAUGAACCCCUCCGUUCUCCGCACGGCCUCGCGCCACCUCCGGGCGGCAAACCGCCGAUACGCCGCACCUGCCACUGCCGCUUCACUCGCCAAUUCGAAGCGUGGAUAUGCGACUUUUAACUGGGAAGACCCUCUGGUUGCGUCCGAACUGUAUACUGAGGAGGAGUUGGCAAUUCAAGAUACCGCCCGGCAGUACUGCCAGGAACGUCUGCUGCCUCGUGUACUCGAUGCCUACCGAAAUGAAGACUACGACCGCAAGAUCCUCGAAGAAAUGGGCGAGCUCGGCCUUCUCGGCGCCAGCAUCGAAGGAUACGGAUGCGCAGGAGCCAGCACCGUGGCAUCUGGGUUGAUCACCAAGGAGGUUGAACGCGUGGAUUCGGGAUACCGCUCAGGGAUGUCGGUCCAGAGCUCUCUGGCGAUGACGGCCAUUCAUGACUUCGGUACGCAAGAGCUCAAGGAUCGCCUCCUCCCCGAGCUGGCAAAGGGCAAGUUGGCUGGCUGCUUUGGCCUCACCGAACCCAACCACGGCUCCGACCCGGGCGCAAUGGAAACAGUAGCACGGGAGCAUCCCACUAAGAAGGGAUACUACUUGUUAUCUGGUACCAAGACCUGGAUCACCAACUCCCCUAUCUCGGACAUCAUGGUUGUCUGGGCUAAGCUGCAAACCACGGGCAAGAUCCGGGGGUUUGUCGUCGAGCGCAGCAAAUGCCCUCCUGGCACGCUGGAGACCCCCGCCAUCAAGAACAAGACCGCUCUGCGCGCCUCGAUCACGGGCAUGAUCCAGAUGGACGACUGUCCUGUCCCUGCGGAGAAUAUGUUCCCGGAGGUACAGGGCCUUGCGGGUCCUUUCACAUGUCUCAACAGUGCCCGGUUGGGCAUCGCGUUUGGCGCCAUGGGUGCCCUUGAGGACUGCUUGGACCGGGCCCGGACGUAUGCUCUGGAAAGGAAGCAGUUCAAGGGCAACCCGUUGGCGAAGUACCAACUGAUCCAGAAGAAGCUGGCGGAUGCGGCGACGGACGCGGCCUACGGUACCCUGGCCGCGACGCAAGUAGCGCGGUUGAAGGAUGCUGGCAAGUGCACUCCUGAAAUGAUCUCGAUGGUUAAGCGACAGAACUGUGAUCGUGCCUUGGCCAACUCGCGGAUACUCCAGGAGGUCUUCGGCGGCAAUGCGACCAGCGAUGAAUACCAUAUUGCCCGCCACGUUGCCAAUUUGUUCGUGGUGCAAACCUACGAAGGCCAGAGUGACAUUCACACCCUGAUACUUGGACGGGCCAUCACGGGCGUCCAAGCAUUUGUCUAGCGCGAGCAGCACUGUCGCAUCUUCAGUUUAAAGUAUACAAGUCAAUCUCCUGGUCAGAUGAUGGCAUAUAGUACGCCAGCUCGUCCACGCCACCACACAUGAUCACAUCAUACCAUCUAUGUACAUAGGCAGCCAGUCAUUCCGUAACCGAGCACCGGAUUCAACCAAGA